AUGAACGGCCAUUGCAAUUGCUACGUGGAGCCCACAUGUGUGGGGUACCGGAAGCAUCCCGUGGCGUACAAGUGCACGCCAUUUUUACAGCCAUCCACUUGCAUGCAUGAGCAGCCAAUUUUCUCGUGUGACGAAAUCUUUUCUUACCUCGGGUCAGAGGUUGUUGUGCUGUUGAAAUCUAGCGAGAAGAGCGAGAUUCGAGGGACACUAAUGGCAUUUGACUGUCAAUCAAAUAUCCUUCUGACUGUUCUUUCCCCAAACAGAGAUUUUGGUGCCACAUUGAGGCUUUUAGAGAUUCCUGGAGAGCAAAUUUCGGGUGUUUCCAAGCUUUAA